CUCAUUAGCCAUUCCCCCAUAACAAUGGACUCGGUUGAUAAUGGAGUGACGAGGGAGAGCGAGAUCGUACAAGCCCAUGCUCACCUAUGGACCCAUGCUUUCAACUCCAUCUACUCCAUGUCCCUCAAAUGCGCCAUCGACCUUGGCAUCCCUGACGCCCUCCACCCCCACGGCCAUCCCAUGACCCUUCCCGAGCUCGCCGCCGCGCUGUCGGUCCCCGCCUCCAAGGCCGCCUUCCUGAGCCGACUCAUGGCGGUCCUUGCCCAAACCGGCUUCGUCUCUCAACGAAAGUCUGCUGCUAAAAAUGACCAGGAGCAGCUGGGGUUGACGUACUCUCUCACUCCCAUUUCACAAGCGAUCCGGAAAGGCGAGCCUGGUGACUUAUCGCCCAUGGUGUCCUUCAUCCUCGACCCCAUCAUACAAGGCCCAUUGCACUGCCUGGGUGAGUGGCUCAAGAGCGAGAGCCUGAGCCCCCGCACGCCCUUCGUCAUGAAGCACGGGAAGAGCCUGUGGGAGUACACGGCCCAGGAUGAGGGGCUGAACCGGAGCGUAAACGAAGCCAUGGCGAGUGAUGGGCCAGUGACCAUGAGGUUGAUGGUGGAGAAGCGUGGACGGCAGCUGUUUCAAGGGCUGAGGACGGUGGUCGAUGUCGGAGGGGGGAUCGGAGGGUUGGUGAGGGAGGCAGCAGAGGCGUUCCCGCAAGUGGAGUGGAUGGUGCUCGAUCUGCCGCACGUGGUGGCCGGCUUGGAGGGGACGAGGAACUUGAAGUUUGUGAGUGGCGACAUGUUUAAGGCUGUUCCUCCUGCGGACGCUGUUUUGCUCAAGUGCAUAUUACACGACUGGAGCGACGACGAGAGCACGAAGAUACUGAAGCAGUGUAAAGCAGCAGUCACGAGCAAUGGUAAGAAGGGAAAGGUGAUGAUAAUCGAUAUAGUGAUCGGAGAUGAGUCCAAGGAAGACGGAGCAUCCAUGGGGAUUAAGCUCUGCUUUGACAUGAUGAUGAUGGCGAUUGUCGCAGGCAAAGAGAGGAACGAGAAAGAAUGGGCCAAGCUCUUUCAGGAGGCUGGUUUCACUGAGUACAGAAUCACUCCUUUGGAGGGUUUUAGAUCUCUCAUUGAGGUUUAUCCUUAAUGAUUGAGAUUAAUUAAAGUAAUUGGUGCCCUGGACAUCAAGGAUUGUCUGAUUAAUGUGGUUGCAAUUUGUUUUUUUGG